AUGGAGGCAGCAAAGGAUGAGGACCGCCUGCGGCGCUUACGUGCUUUAGAGGAGAAACUAUGCGAUCCUCGCUCCACCGGCAACGUGGACUGUUUGCUCGACACCGUCACCGCACUCGUCUCCGACUGCGAUCACCCGGCCAUUCGACGUAUGAAAAAUGUCGAAGCCUACACGAGCCGAUAUGAAGAAUUUGCAUCUGAUAUAGUUGAUUUGCGCAUGAAAGCUGCUGAUUUUGACCUAAUUAAAGUAAUAGGGAGAGGAGCAUUUGGAGAGGUGCAACUAGUCAGACAUAAAUCUACCCGUCAAGUAUAUGCUAUGAAACUUCUUAGUAAAGUAGAAAUGAUUAAACGAUCAGAUUCAACUUUUUUUUGGGAAGAGAGGCAUAUUAUGGCACAUGCAAAUUCAGAAUGGAUCCUUAAACUUCACUUUGCCUUUCAAGACCAUAAAUAUCUCUAUAUGGUCAUGGAUUAUAUGCCUGGUGGUGAUCUCGUUAGUCUUAUGUCUAAUUAUGAAAUACCUGAAAAAUGGGCAAAAUUUUAUACAAUGGAAAUUGUUCUUGCAUUAGAUGUGAUACAUGGUAUGGGUUUUGUUCAUAGAGAUGUUAAACCUGACAAUAUGUUAAUUGACAAAUAUGGUCAUUUGAAGUUGGCAGAUUUUGGCACUUGUAUGAGAAUGGGGCCAGAUGGACUGGUGCGGGCUAGUAAUGCUGUUGGUACUCCAGACUACAUUUCACCAGAGGUAUUACAAUCUCAAAAUGGUGAAGGAAUCUAUGGGCGUGAAUGUGAUUGGUGGGCCGUAGGAAUAUUUUUAUACGAAAUGUUAAUUGGUGAUCCACCUUUCUAUGCUGAUAGUUUAGUAGGUACUUAUGGAAAAAUAAUGGAUCAUAGAAAUUCAUUGCAAUUCCCAGAUGAUGUAGAAAUUUCUAAAGAAGCAAAGUCUCUAAUAAGAGGUCUAUUAACUGAUAGGAUAAAAAGACUUGGAAAGAACAGUGUAGAUGAAAUAAAACAACAUCCAUUUUUUAUCAAUGACCAGUGGAGUUUUGAUAAUCUAAGAGAUUCAGUGCCACCAGUUGUACCUGAACUGUCCAGUGAUGCUGAUACAAGAAACUUUGAUGAUAUUGAAAAAUCAGAUGCAUUAGAUGAAUCAUUUCCUGUUCCAAAAGCAUUUGUAGGAAAUCAUUUACCAUUUAUAGGAUUUACUUAUAAUGGAGAUUAUCAACUUUGUGGAGUAAAGCGUAAACCUGCUGAUGUCGUAGAUACAAUAUCUAACAAUCAUAUAAAUAGUGUUGGCUCUGAAGCUAUUUUGCAACUAGAAAAACUUUUAGAAAGAGAAAGAGACGGAAGACGUAAACUAGAAGACAGACAAGUUAUACUUUGCAAUCAGUUGGAGGAGCUUUCACAAAGAGAAGCAAGAAGUAAAAAAAUUAUCGCGGAUACUGAUAAAGAACUAGCUCUUCUCAAGCAUGACCUUAAAGAAAUUCAACGUAAGGCCGAAAUAGAAGCCGAUUCUAGACGUAAAAUAGAGCUAAAUUACAAUGAUGUUAAACAGCGUUUAGAUGAAGAGCAAAACAAACGGGCAAAAGAAAUGAGUAAUUUACAAUUUUAUAAUGAGAAAAUUAAUGCCUUGGAGAAACAAUUGACGGAAAUGCGUGAAAAAUUAAAACAAGAAUCUGAAGCUGCCGCUAAAUCAAGAAAACUAGCAGCAGACUUGAAUGCUGCUCACGUUGCCGCUGCGGCAGUGAAGGAUGGUACCUUAGCCAAUUUGCGAGCGCAGAGAGACGCUCUUUUUGAAGAUUAUAGUAACCUGUCUGAGGAGCUCGGAACUGUGAAAGCAGCGAAACAAAUGGCAGAAGCUUCCGUGGCCGAAGCAACCAGUCGUUUAAAUGCUGCCCAAGCUGAGCUGGAGCGCUCAUCGACUAGAUUAUCACAAAUAAUGACAGAUAAUCGACAGUUAUCGGAGCGUGUUGCUUCUUUGGAAAAAGAGUGUGCAUCUAUGACUCAUGACUUAAAAACAACACAACACUUAUAUCAGCAGGAAUUACGAGCACAUCAAGAGACUCAACGCUCGCAGAUGCUUUCGAAACAGGAAGCCAACUUAGAGCUUGUCAAGGCACUACAAGGCAAACUGAAUGAGGAAAAAAUAGCUCGACAGCGAGCCGAGUCAGCUUCACAAGAGAAAGAUCGUCAGAUGUCAAUGCUUAGUGUUGAUUAUCGACAAAUGCAACAACGUCUGCAGAAACUGGAAGGCGAGCACAGACAGGAAAGCGAAAAGGUGGUGGGUCUACAAGCGGCGCUGGAACAAGAGCGCCAAGCGCGGCUGGCGGCGUCGGCGGAGACGGCGGCCGCGGAGGCGGCGAGCCGCGCCGCGCACGCCGACCGCGAGGCGCGCGCCCGCGACCUGCAGGCCGCGCGCGCCGCGCUGCACGAGGCCUCGGAGAAGCUAGCUACUGCUACUGCGGAGAGGGAUAUGCAUUAUGCUAGGAGUGAAGAGCUGCGAUCUCAGCUGGAGAACGAGCAGCACUACUGCGUAGUGUACCGCAACCAGGCGAACGAGGCGCGCGCGCAGCUGGACGAGAGCGCGCGCGCCAACCGCGACCUGGAGCAGGAGCGCGCCAGCCUCAUGCACCAGCUGCAGCUGGCCAUCGCCCGCGCCGACUCGGAGGCUAUUGCGAGAUCGAUAGCCGAAGAGACGGUGGGUGAGCUGGAGAAGGAGAAGACGAUGAAGGAAUUGGAGAUGCGUGACGCACUGGCGCAGCACCGCGGCGAGCUGGCGGCGCGCGACGCGCUGGUGCAGGGCCUGCGCGACCGCGACCACGAGAACCGCGCCACCAUCGACCUGCAGCGCAAGGAGGUAGACGAGCUGCGGCGCAGCGGCACGGCGCUGGCGGAGCGCGUGGCGUCGCUGGGCCGCCUGCAGGAGGACGUGGACCGACUCACCAAGAAGCUCAACUCUGAGAUAAUGCUCAAGCAGCAAGCUGUUAACAAGCUUGCCGAGAUCAUGAACAGAAAAGACAUGAACCCAGCAUCAACGAAGAACAAGAGCAAGAUGUCCGUCCGCAAGGACAAGGACUACCGCAAGCUGCAGCAGGAGCUGACGCGCGAGAAGGAGAAGUCCGACCAGCAUAUCGCCAAGCUACAACGCGACCUGCAGGACUCGCAGCAGCAGCUGCUUGAGGAGCAGCAGACCAGGAUCCGGCUUGCCAUGGAGGUGGACAGCAAAGACGUAGAGAUCGAACAGCUGAAAGAAAAGCUGGCGGCCCUCACGAGUGAGACGGCCUCGCAGUCGUCCGCCGACGCCGAGGACGGCGAGACGGAACAGACCCUGGAGGGCUGGCUGUCCGUGCCCUUCAAGCAGAACAUCCGCCGGCACGGCUGGAAGAAGCAGUAUGUCGUGGUCUCCUCCAAGAAGAUCAUAUUCUACAACUCUGAAAACGACAAGCAGAAUACUACCGAUCCUGUUAUGAUAUUGGAUCUGAGCAAAGUGUUCCACGUGCGGUCGGUGACGCAGGGCGACGUGAUCCGCGCCGACGCGAAGGACAUCCCGCGCAUCUUCCAGCUGCUGUACGCGGGCGAGGGCGAGGCGCGCCGGCCGGGCGACGCGCAGGACCAGCCCGCCGACGCGCAGGACCAUGCCGGCAACACGGUGCAGCACAAGGGGCACGACCUGGUGAGCAUCACGUACCACAUCCCCACGGCGUGCGAGGUGUGCACGCGCCCGCUCUGGCACAUGUUCCGUCCGCCGCAGGCCUACGAGUGCCGACGGUGUCGCAUGAAGAUCCACGCGGAGCACGUGUCUGAGGGCGAGGGCGUGGCGGCGUGCAAGCUGCACGCGGACCGCGCGCGCGAGCUGCUGCUGCUGGCGCCCGCCGCGCCCGAGCAGCGCCGCUGGGUGGCGCGCCUGGCGCGGCGCGUGCAGCGCUACGGGUACCGCGCCGCGCACACCAACUGCCACGACCACACAAAACUCUCGCCCAGAGAUUCGAUGCGGUCGAACCUGAAGGCGGGCUACAUGAACGCGUCGCAGCGCAGCUCCACGCUGCCCGCCAACGCGUCGCUGCCGCGCCAG